AUGGUGCUCCACGUUGGUUUUGUUUUUCAGUACAAGAAGAAGCAGAAGAAACUGGAAGUUGAAAUUAAAAACCUUGAAGGGCAGAGAAAACAAAUCGAAGAAAAAUUUGAUGAAGCCAUUACUCGUGGUGAAGAAGUUGAUGAACGUGUUUCAAACUGGCUAGCGGAGGUGGAAGAAAAAGUUCAGAAAAUUAAGGAUGACAAUACAAUUAACAAAAACAUGCAGUGCUUUAAAUUCUCAUGUCCGGAUUACAUCUCGCGCUACCGUAUGAGCAAGGAAGCCGAAAACAAGACGGAAGAAGUAAAAAAUCUCACUCAAAGUGGCAAUUUUAGCACAGUUGCACAUCCUAAGCCAUUUGCUCAAGAACUUCAAUUCCCAUCAUCAAGUGCAAACUAUGCAAAUUUUGAGUCGCGAGAAUUGGUUUUCAGUAACAUCAUGGCGGCAUUACAAGAUUCCAAUGUUAAAAUGAUUGGAGUAUAUGGAACAGGAGGUAUUGGUAAGACGACAAUGGUUGAGGAGAUUGGCAAACAAGUGAAAAAUGGACUUUUUGAUGAAGUCGUGGUGGCAGUUGUCUCUCAGGACGCAAAUAGUGUUCCUAUCACAGAUGGAAACAAAGGUUGCAAAAUUGUGAUAACAUCUCAAAUCCGAGAUGUGUUGGAGAAGAUGAAAGUUGAUAGAUAUUUUCCAAUGCAAAUAUUAUUAGAGAAAGAAGCAUGGGCCCUGUUCAAGAAGAAGGUGGGAAAUUCCGUUGACUCUCUUGAACUCCAUGAUAUAGCUGAUGCAAUCUGUAAAGAGUGUGGAGGCUUGCCAGUCGCUAUACUUGCAAUUGGAGCUGCAUUGAAAGAUAAGAAAAAAUAUGCCUGGGAAGAUGUACUUGAUCAAUUCAAAGAUUCCAUGCUCAAGAAUAUUGCGGGAAUCGAGCCAAAGGUUGGAUUGGAAUAUCUCUUCUCCCUGUCCUGUGCAAGAGGAUUUCCACGACUCCAGAGACUACGAAUUGUUGAUUGUGAGAUGAUGGAAGCAAUUGUUGGAAUUGAAAAAGUAAAAGAAAAAGAUGAAGAUGAACUCUCAAGUCAGGUAAUUAAUUUCCGUCAGUUGGAAUAUUUGAGGGCUUGUUUGGCAUCUACUGUAUAA